AUGACCUUUGCGUCCCCCAUGCUUGGCCUGUCAGCAGGGUUGACGCAAGGUCUGGCAAACUUUCUUUGCGCGGAUGGCAAGCUCAUUGUCCCAAAGUCAUCUCGUGCGCAAGCACAGGGAACGCAGCGCUCUUUGGACGGACUGGCAUCACUGCCUGACAAGGAGCCAGUGGACUUUGCACAUCCUGGGCCUCUCACCGCGCGACCGCUGUUGGAAUCCAGGAAUACGGUGCGUCCCUCCACCGCCAGAUCGAGCGAAGCUACGCCGACCCUGCAAUCGUCAAAACAGUUUGCGCUUGCCCCGCAUGACCAAUCGGAGGGUCAGCGCAUUCCUUUGGCGGAACCAGCCAACCUGCCGUUCCCGGCUGCAGUCCCCGAGGCGCAGCCAGGACGAAAGCGUGACCGGAAGUCGAAGGCCCCUCGCAGGCCCGCCAAACUGGGGGAAGGAUCGAUACCUGCUCGGACUACUAGUCUGAGCAAUCCCCCCAGCCCGAGCAACAGCCGCAGCAGAAGCGAGGCUGGAAGCUCGAGGACGCUGAGCGACGCUAGUUUCACCGGCAGCGAAUAUAGCGCCAGAUCGCUCGGUGUCGGCGAGCACUCGGUUGACAGCGUCGAAAGCGCUUCCAGAUCCGGCUCUGCAAAUUUGCCCUCGCCCAAGGCGAAGCGGUUUGCGGAUCGCAUCCGCAGCAGAGUAUCAAGCCUUGCGAGCGUACGGAGUCGUCGACAGAGCUCGAAGUCUGCUUCUGAGCACGACGGGCUGAGCGAGCAAAAGUCUGCUCAGCCACCAGUAAGACUGCUAUGA